AUGUCCUCAAGGCACGACCACAGACGGCGAGACAGAAGCUGGGAGAGGGUUGAUAGGGACAGAGACCGUGACCGUGAUCGUCAUUCUAGUAGCCGCGGUGGCAGAGGUGGAUAUCGCGAUGCUCCUAGGAGAAGAGACAGCCGGUCACGAAGCCCACCACGCAGGGACAGACGUGAUCAUGGUAAAGAUAGAGAUAGAGACUACAGAGACUCGAGGCGGGACGAGAGAAGGGAUGGCGAACGUGGUGAAAGAAAGGUAGAGAAGCGUGAUGGCGGGGACGACAGGCGGGAGGCAUCUCGAAAGGAGGAACCUCGAGAAAAGGAUGUUUGGGACAAGGAUGACGGCAAGCAACCCGACAUUAGGGAUGCUUCAAGGCGCGACCGAGAACGUGUACCGGUGAAGGACGUACCCUUCCGUCAAGUGUCUAUCCCUGCGGAGUCUUCUGCUCACACAAAACCAGAGGAGAGUGCAGAUACAGCUAUGGAAGAUGGUGAAGCAGAAGAUGCAACUAAUCCCGAUGACGAAGCCAUGAUGGCUAUGAUGGGUCUUAAUGGAUUUGGAACAACCAAGGGGAGACAUGUGGAGGGCAAUCAGGAGGGUUCUGUCAAUAUUAAAAAAAUGAGAACAUGGCGUCAGUACAUGAAUCGUCGCGGAGGAUUCAACAGGUAA